GAAGGAGCCGGGGAGAACAUCAAUCCCAACUUUCUCACCUUGACGGGAACCGAGCGCUCCCGAUGUGUCCCCUCCCGCCGCCCUCCCUGCCAGCCCAGCCUCCCCAGGAGGGCCGUCCGACGGCCGGGGCUCGCCGCGCCAGCUGUCCCCUGUCCCUGGAGGGGGACAAACCCGAGUAGGGGGUGCCCCUGGGUACGGUCCCCCUCGGUCCCUGCUGCCCGGGCGGGCCGCGGGCAGGGGCGGCGGCGCGGCGGGGCUGGAUGCGGCUGCCAUGGGGCGCGGGGCUCCGCUCGGACCGAGCCUGCUGCGGGCAGCGCUGCUGCUCGCCCUCUGCCCCGCCGCCGGCAGCACCUGGAUGUGGCUGGGCAUCGCGGCCGCCGGCGGGCCCGAGAAGCCGGGCUGCGCCAGCCCUCCGCUGAGCCGCCGGCAGCAGGACCUGUGCGAGCAGAAGCCGGAGCUGAUGCCCGCGAUCCGGGAGGGAGCGCGCCUGGGGCUCCAGGAGUGCCGCAGCCAGUUCCGACACGAGCGCUGGGACUGCCGCUCGCCGCCCGCCGCCCGCCGCGGCACCGCCGGCCCCGGGCAGCAGCUCAGCAGCGGCACGAAGGAGACGGCGUUCGUGUCGGCGGUGACGGCGGCGGGGCUGGUGCACUCGGUGACGCGCUCGUGCAGCGCGGGCAACGUGACCGAGUGCUCCUGCGAUGUCACCCUGCGGCACGGCGGCUCUGCCAGCGAGGGAUGGCACUGGGGCGGCUGCUCGGACGACAUCCACUACGGAAUGUCCUUCAGCAGGAAGUUCCUGGAUGCGCCUUUGAAGAACGCGACAGGCAAGAGCGGGCUGGUGGCCAUGGACCUGCACAACAACGAGGCUGGCAGGCAGGCUGUAGCAAAGCUGAUGUCUGUGGAUUGCCGUUGUCAUGGUGUUUCUGGGUCCUGUGCUGUGAAAACUUGUUGGAAAACCAUGUCAUCCUUUGAAAAGAUUGGCCGGUUUUUAAAGGAGAAGUAUGAAAACAGCAUACAAAUAUCAGACAGACUGAAAAAAAAGCUACGCAGAAAAGAGAAGAGCCAGAGAAAAAUACCAAUUGGGAAGGAGGACCUGCUGUAUGUGAACAAAUCGCCCAAUUACUGCGUGGAAGACCAAAAACUGGGGAUCCCUGGCACUCAGGGCAGGGAAUGUAACCGCACGUCGCAGGGGCCCGAGGGCUGUAACCUGCUGUGCUGCGGGCGUGGGUACAACACCCACGUCGUGCGGCACGUGGAGCGCUGCGAGUGCAAGUUCGUCUGGUGCUGCUACGUGCGCUGCAGGAGGUGCGAGACCAUGACUGACGUACACACCUGCAAGUGAGGUGAAGGACAGGAAACACGGCCGGACCAGCCAGCCAGUGUGCUGCACACAGCUCCUGCCAUGGGGGCAGCAGUCACUGUCACCAUGCGGGAUUUCAGAGGGACCUGCCUGGGGGGAACAGGUACUGCCGCACCAUGGGUAGUCCAAGUGUGCCUCGACUGAAAGGACAGCUGAGUAAACAUCAGGCUGCAUGCAGGGACAGCUUAAACAGCAAAAAGGACUCCUGAUGACACAUUUGAACAUGUUACUCCAUGAGCAGAGGCAGAUGCUAAACUUUUCAAGUAUUUAAUAGACAACAAUGUCCUCAAGAUCUGUGUGGCGCAAUGGAGAAAUCUCAAGAUCUCAUUAGACAGAAGAGUCAAGAGAGUUUGUAAAACACAUUAGACAUAGUCCUUAUGUCUUUGCUUUUAAAACUGGGACUAGAUGGAUCCACUAGAUAGUUCAUUUCUGCAGACUUCAGAAAGACCCACAAAGAUAGGGAAAGAGUUCAGCUGUUGAGCACGAAGCAUUUGCUUUGCAGCCGUUCAGAAAACUGCCUUUUGCAUAAUGUGCAGAAAAGCAUCAGGAAGUGAGGAACGUGUGUGACUGCAGAGAGCUCACAGCAGUGUCUGCCUGGAAAAGGAGGGUCAAGCUGUGCCCAGGGGAGAGAGGAGCACAGAUUGGUGAAUGUGAAUGGGGUACCAAACAGCAACCUCAGGGUUUUUAACUGGUUGUCCUUCAAAUACACAAGGGACAGGCCUGAGAAGGGACAGAAACACAGUUUGAUAUUUGAAGGAAAUAAAACCCUCUGCAGGCAUUUCCUGAGUAUCUGAGCACACAUUUUGCGAAUCAGCUGGUUGUCACCCCACUCUUGAAUUCUAUGCAAUAACCUGCCACAUUCAACCAUCCCACUGGUGGUUCACCAUCAUUAUGAAAACCACAUGAGAUUUAGCCCAAAGGAAUCUGCCAUAAAGAAAAGGAUUUUUUAAACAGAUUUUCUUCAUAGAAUCAGCAGCUAGAAUUUUUCAUUAGGUUGCACCUUCAGUAAGUUCAAUGCACAAUAUAAUUUAUGGAUUGGCUCACACCACUAAAAUAUUUAAACUGUUAAUGAUAAUACUUUCUCUGUCUCCAUAUGUUGGCUUAAUUUUAUUUUACAUCUGUGAAAGGUUGUUUAUUUUUAUGCAGUGAUUUAAUGCCUGGCUUAAAAAGCAUCAUGUAAAAGGAUUACUGUUUAAUUGUGCAAAGAACUAUUUUUGAUAAGACAAGAAAGUUUAUAUUUUGUAAAUAUUUAAAUUAUGCAAGUUAUGUAAAAGGUUUCCACAACAAAUGUGAUAAGACUACAGCCCUUGAGAUUUGUUGGUUAGAUAUUUGUUAACAUUGUAGUAACCUUCAAUUGAAUAUUGUUUGCAUGUGCUGGGGGAAAUUAGUCAGAACUGCAUAAAUGUUACAGUUUUUAAUCAUCAGGGUAGUUGUAACUAUUGCAGUUCAUACACACUGAUGAGAAACACUUGCUACGAUUUUCUAAAUGGUCAGUUAAUUAGUAUUCUGCAUACUUUCUUUUUUAUUAUUCUCUUAAAUGCAUUUUACAAACACUGAAAUCACAGCUCCAGCAGUAAGUACUCCCACUGAAAUCCAGGGAAUUUGGCAGGGUUUGCAAUCCCUUAACUUCUUCCAUACUAACAGCCAGCUUUUAGAAACUUGGGACAGUUUGGCUGAGGCCUUCAAAGUGACUUUGAAGAAUUCAUUUCCUAGUCAUCAGUCAUUUUCCCAGGAAAGAUGGUGACCAGAUUCUGAACUGUCACUCUUUAUUGGAUGUGUAAGUCAGGAAGAAGGAAACAAAAUCUUCUGUGUUGUGGUAUUUCACUGCCUUAUGUGGAUUAUUUUAGGAACAUCAGUUCAGCAGCAAUGAAGUCCAUUAUCUGCUACUUGGAACUUUACUCCACAUUUGGCCAGUCCAUCUCCAUUGGCCUGACCAAAUUAUUAUCUUGGGACCACAAAAAAAAAUCUGCUCUCUGUGGGGAAGGGUGCUCAGCAUGCCAGUAAGGCACUGUCACAGGAGCUUUCAACACCAUCUCUGUGAAAACUUGGAUAGGGAGGACAUACCACAGUGGAAGACCCUGAAGAGAGAGCUGUGAGCCCAGGUUGUUUCAGCAGUGAAAAUAAACCCACAGGCUCCUCAGGCUGUGCCACAGGACUGAUUGGCAGCAUGGAUGGGAGAUGACUAAACAGCACUAAGUCCUGACAGAACAAUACCAUACUCUCUGCUGAGACUAUACUUCAGAUAAUACAAUUUUUGACACCUAAAAUAACCUUGAAAUAUUAUUUAAACUCAGUAGUUUGUUGGGUUUUUUUGGUUUGGGUGGUUUUUUUUUGGCUUUUUUUUUUUGUUGUUGUUUUUUUUUUCCUGUUCAUUGAUUGCAAGAUCAGCAGGAGAAAGAGAAUUAAGCACCUGCUUUGGCUGCCUCCAGGGAUCAGAAACUUCCCAGAGGUUGGAGUGAUUUCUGUGCAUUUUACACAGUAGACAAUGUAGUUGGACUAUUACAGUGCUCUGUGCUGAUCCCUACCUCUCUCCCUAUAUAUUCUAAUUCCCUGAAACAGAAUUUUCAUAUCUGCAUAUUUCAAAUGAUAAUAAAGAGAUGAUGUUCAUUUUAUUAUCUAAUAUACUACAAAACUUCAAACACAAGGUGUAGUUAUAUAUGUGGUGGGUUAGGUCCUUUUGAGGCAUCUAUGAAAACUAAGACAUAAAUCAAGAAAUCCACGAAGUUUUUCAGUGGGGUGAUUCAGCUGCAAGGACCUGGGAACUUGAGACUGUUCUGAUAAAAAAUGCUGAAACAUUCAAGGCUAAAAAGGAUAAUUAAAGAAGAUUGCUGUAGCAUUUGGUAGGAAAAAACAUUUGGAAGCUAUGUUCCACAGAAGAUAGCAUUCUCUUCCACUGCCAUCCCUCAAGCUCAAAGAGGAGUCAUGAUCCCUCCUCAGUCUGGAGUGCCUUUCUUCAUAUCUUUGCAUGAGCCUGUAGCCAUAUCAUGCUAUGGACAACACCCUCAGAAAGGAACAGACCUUUCUGAGGCAACAGGUGAUUACAGAUUUAGAGAUUAUAGCAACUGAAAUACAAGAUUCAAGGAACUGAUUUGCAUGUUCUGGAGAGGAGAACAUAGGGCAAGGAAGAAUGUAAAAAGAUACCUAAGUGGAAAGUCAUCCAUUUUUAACUUGCUAAAAAGUAAUUAUUUUCAGCUAAGAAGAUUGGGACAGCACAUGAGCCAACCCACCUAGAUACCCAGUUAAGCACAGGAAAUGAUAUCUGAGGAAUCUGUUUCAACCUGAGUCUAUGAAGGAUGCCUUAGAUCUUUGGAACCUGGAAAGGGAUAACUACAGAGGCAGCAAGGAAAAACUAAAAGUGGCUUUAAUGUUAUCAGAAAUGCAAAGAAGCAUCUCAAGUAGAGCAUGUUCUCUCUUUCCAUUUUUCACUUUUUCAGCCCCCCAGGGAGGCAGGAGCAGGAGUUUGUGCAGCCUCCCCCAGGGAGGCUGAAGCUUAGGAGUUUGUGCCCUGCUGGCCUGGUGCUCAGAGGGUGAGAAGCAACGUCCCUUACAUCCCUUGUACAGCAUCAGGAGCCCCUGACACCUCAUGGUACCCCUGAACAGGUCAAGAGCUCUUCUCACACUUUCCUGCUUCAGCCUCAAAAUUCCCAUCUAGCCUUACAGGUUUCUUCAAGUUUCUUUAACAGGCCCCUUGCAUUCAGGCUGGGUAUGGCCUUAAGCCUUAAAACUGAAGGAUUUCAUCAAUCAGAAGUCCUUUGCUUAGCAUCCACCUUAGCCAUGAUCUAAGUCAGUUAGGGAGGCACUGCAGCCCUUCCCAUCCUUACAGAGCAAAGUCAGUCAGCACUUAUGGUGGCAGUAUUACUUCCCCUUUUGAAAUUACCCACCUGGCCUCUUAUUAAUACACUCAUUCUUGAAAAACAUUCGGACUGCAGAAAACCCAAACAGUUCAGGAGACAUUACAUACACAUCAAGCAUUUAGCAGUCAAUUCAGUGUUUGAGGAAACUAAGUGCCACAGUAAGACAUCUAGAAAGCAAAACAUGCUGAGCAAAAUAAAGCUUUUUCCAAAGCGGCAAUCAGGAAACUAAGGCUGUAAAAGGGUCUGCUUUUCCCAGAGGGGAAAAAAAAAAAAGCUGGAUCAUGAAAGACACUAGGGAAGGUCCAGGGGUACAUCAAGGCAGAGACCUCCUUCAGUUUCUUUUUUAGGACUCGUAUUAAUCCAUAUAAAGCAUCACUAGUAAAGCAGUUGAGAGCUGUGAUUUACAUUGAAGUCAUCUUCAGGUGCCUUGAAUCCCAGCUGGGUAUUCCUUGCUGAAGAUUAAGCUAAAACCUUCUUGUGUCCUUCCCCCCCACUCUUCUCACAGCUCUACUUUUUAAGGCAGACAUACCUCACAAUCUUUCUCUUCUCUUCCCUUGCUGCUCUGUUCUCAACAAGCCUGCAAGAUGCUACAGAUGUUCCCAUCACCUGAGUUUCCAUAUAGAAAACAUGGCUCCUGGAGCUUUGUCACACACAGGUAUUCGUGCACCUGUACCUUCAACUUUGCAACUGAUUUCCUAUCCCCAGCUGGAGAGAGGCCAGAAUAGUAUCUUUGUGCUUGGCAACUCAAAUGAAAUGCAGAUGGAUCACCAGAAAGUCUCAGUGAUUUCAGAGAGUUCAUCUCAGCAGCAGGAUACUGUAACUCAAGGCACAGAAGGCAGGACCAGAUCUUGCAGCAAGUCAGUAGAGCAUGAUGAUGGAGAAAAACAAGGAGACCCCAUUUGUAUGGCCACUCCAGUACAACUUCUAAAUAUCUGGCAAGAGACUUAUUAAAUAUGAUACCAUACAGCUUUGAGGACAUGGUUUAGAGAGUAAGAGGAAGAUUUCCAUCAAAAUUUUAGGACAAUUAUUUAAAAUGCAACAAAAAUAAUUCUACCAUUUCAUUGUUUUAAAAUACAUUGUUUAAAAAGUUUGUUGCAGGUACAACUUUUUAAGGGGUUAAGAGAAUCCUGAUAUCUUAACUCAGAUUGCUAAUAAAGGCACACAUUCUCCAUUUAAUUUGCAGAGGAAAUUUUAACUUUUUAAUUUGAAGAAAGAUGAAAUAUUCACUGGUAUUCAAAGCCAUAAUAAUGAAGACAAAUGUAAUCCAGGGAAAUUACUAAUGUAGCCAAAUAGGGUUUCUUCCUCUUAAAACCCUGCUGAGUAACUUCAAAAUUAUUUUGUAUUAUUCUGGAUAGCAGCAUAGCCAAUACUGGCAUACACACCAACAGAAUUGAAUUUCUGUGAAAAUUCCAGGAAUUACACUAUUACUUUUUCACUACAGCUUUAAGUAAUGAAAUAGAAUUUCAAACUGAUUAGAAAAGGGGAUUUUACUUCAAUGAAAAAAUACAUAUGAUUUUAACACAGCCUCAUACACAGGAAAAUCUGGAAGAUUUAACAAAAGCAGUUGCACUGUGUCAGGUGCAUUUAUAGCUAUUUCACAUUAAUAUUAAGGGAAACCUACAUUAUUUAAAAAGUUAGUUAAACAUAGAGAACAACUCAGAAUCCAGUCUUACUCUGGUAUCGGAGAUUAUUUAUUUUUCUUACAAGGUAAUUCUCAAUAUUGCUUGAAAUUUUUAGUGCACAGAAUUUGACUCAGAAAAUAUCAACAAUAAUACUAUUUCCAAUGCCUCUUCAAACUCAC